UUGGGUUGCUGGAGCUGCGCUGUUCCUAGGAGACGGAGGAGCAGCAAGCCUGCGGGGGAGGGGGAGCAAGUGGGUUGCUGCUUUUAGCUGCUGAAAGGACUGCAGGGAGCUCUGGGUAAGACAUUUUCUGUUGCUGCUGCUUCUGCGGUAGAAGCUGCCGCUAGUAAGUCAGAGGAAGGAGGAUCGAGAGGGAGGAGGCUUCAUUUGCAGCCAUGCUGAAUCACUGUUGCUGAUCAGAUCUCCUGCUGGUUGGCUGCGAGAACCGAGAACAGAGCUAGGAUCUCCGGUGCAUGCACAAUUCAGCAGCUGCCACUCCCGCUGGGCCUUGCACAAUGGAGGCUGAAAGCAUCAAGCUGAGCUCCCUGUCCCCGAUACAGGCUGGGGAUGAUGAGAAGAACCAGAGGACUAUCACUGUCAAUCCUGCCCACAUGGGGAAGGCGUUCAAGGUUAUGAAUGAACUGAGGAGUAAGAAGCUGUUGUGUGAUGUGAUGAUUGUGGCAGAAGAUGUCGAGAUAGAAGCUCACCGUGUGGUCCUGGCAGCCUGCAGCCCCUACUUCUGUGCAAUGUUCACAGGUGACAUGUCUGAGAGUAAAGCCAAGAAAAUUGAAAUCAAGGACGUGGAUGGGCAGACACUGAGUAAGCUGAUUGACUAUAUCUAUACGGCUGAAAUUGAGGUGACUGAAGAGAACGUCCAGGUGCUGCUCCCAGCAGCCAGCUUGCUGCAGCUCAUGGAUGUUCGGCAGAACUGCUGUGACUUCCUUCAGUCUCAGUUGCAUCCCACCAAUUGCCUGGGCAUCCGCGCGUUUGCAGAUGUGCACACCUGCACCGACCUUCUGCAGCAGGCCAAUGCUUAUGCAGAGCAGCACUUUCCAGAGGUGAUGCUGGGGGAAGAAUUUCUUAGCCUAAGUCUGGACCAGGUGUGCAGCUUGAUAUCCAGUGACAAGCUGACUGUUUCUUCAGAAGAGAAGGUAUUUGAAGCUGUGAUUUCGUGGAUCAAUUAUGAGAAAGAAACUCGUUUAGAGCACAUGGCAAAGCUGAUGGAACAUGUCCGUCUCCCUCUUCUACCUAGGGAUUACCUAGUCCAGACAGUUGAAGAAGAAGCUUUGAUAAAGAAUAAUAAUACCUGUAAGGACUUCCUCAUCGAAGCCAUGAAAUAUCAUCUGCUCCCUCUGGAUCAGAGACUCUUGAUUAAGAACCCCAGGACCAAGCCCAGGACUCCAGUCAGUUUACCCAAGGUCAUGAUUGUGGUCGGUGGCCAGGCACCCAAGGCGAUCCGCAGCGUGGAGUGCUAUGAUUUCGAGGAGGACCGAUGGGACCAGAUUGCUGAGCUUCCUUCCAGGAGGUGCAGAGCAGGUGUGGUGUUCAUGGCUGGCCACGUGUAUGCUGUGGGCGGGUUUAACGGCUCACUACGUGUGCGGACAGUGGAUGUGUAUGACGGUGUGAAGGACCAGUGGACGUCCAUUGCCAGCAUGCAGGAACGCCGGAGCACGCUGGGGGCAGCCGUGCUCAAUGACCUGCUCUACGCCGUGGGAGGCUUUGAUGGCAGUACUGGCCUAGCAUCGGUGGAAGCCUACAGCUACAAGACCAACGAGUGGUUCUUCGUGGCCCCAAUGAAUACCCGGCGGAGCAGUGUGGGUGUGGGUGUCGUGGAGGGAAAGCUCUAUGCUGUUGGGGGUUACGAUGGGGCUUCCCGCCAGUGCCUGAGCACCGUGGAGCAGUACAACCCAGCGACCAAUGAGUGGACGUACGUGGCGGACAUGAGCACCCGCCGCAGUGGCGCAGGGGUUGGGGUUCUCAGCGGACAGCUGUAUGCCACAGGUGGGCACGAUGGGCCUUUGGUGAGGAAGAGCGUUGAGGUUUAUGAUCCUGGAACAAACACCUGGAAGCAGGUGGCAGACAUGAACAUGUGCCGACGCAAUGCAGGGGUCUGUGCAGUGAAUGGGCUCCUCUAUGUGGUUGGAGGGGAUGAUGGAUCCUGCAACCUGGCUUCGGUGGAGUACUACAAUCCUGCCACUGACAAAUGGACGCUGCUGCCAACCAACAUGAGCACAGGGCGGAGCUACGCAGGUGUUGCUGUGAUUCACAAGCCCUUGUGACCCCCAACUCCCACUUCCAGGACGUGGGGUCAGGGAGGGGUGCUGCCUGGGACUCAAAAGA